AUGCAAAUGACGUCGAGCUCAUACCAAACUCCAGCUCAGGCAGACCCGAUGGAAAGCCUCGAAUUGGAUGAAUCUGGGUCAAAAGGACAGGAGCAGGGGAAAGGGAAAGGGAAAGCUGUGGAUGUUUCACGUUUCCUGGACCUGGAAGCGGCGGUUGAUCAGGAUGAUGAUGAGGGAGACGAUGCAGGUGAUUUGGAUGAUUUCCUUGUGUUCGGAGAUGUGGAUGAAGACGACGAAGACUACGGAGGCCAGUUCCAUCACGCUGCACUUGAUGUGCAGCUUCAACAACAGAAGACGCCUAUGGACAUCAAGGACGAUGAACCGUUACUGCUACCGUCGGUGGAAGGUACACCUUCGAAACUCACCCCUCUUGAUGAGGACGAUGAAGACCCUUACAAGGAAUUCAAAAUUUUGUCCGACAUACUGCGGGGAUGUAUUGUAUCUAACGAAACUGCGAUAACGACUCUUCACUACCGUUUCACAGGCGAUGGAUAUCUCUUUCUCGAUGCCCUGGAUCCCAUGAAAGCUGCCAAGAUCCUCUCAAGUCACCAUGCAAUCCGUCGUUCCAGAGGGAACCCGUUUUACGGCCUCGAUAUGACCCUGUUGGAAGACCCGCUUGACAGUGCUCGAUCCCUUACCUUCCCUCCUCCUGAUCGGGGCAUACAACGGGGGACAUGGGUCUCCCUGAAACACCCUUCCUUUGCUGGAGAUCUGGCCCUCGUGGUGGCCGUACUUCCGGAGGAUAAUCUGUGUGUUCUGUUGACCGCACGACCUACGAAGAUGUUGAUGAGGUUGGGUGUUCGACAUAUGGGUGACUAUAGCCGCAUGAUGUUGGCAGGAAAGACGCUACCUGAAGGCGGCGUAGCAACCUUGCUCGCAGGUGGCUUGGGUGUUGAGCAUGGCCUGAUGAUCGGGUACGCCCGAAAUAACCGCGUCUCGAAGACGACUGGACCGUAUGACUGGGAUGCGAUCCGUUUUUUCGUAUACAGUCAACACCCGCUGGUUGCGGAAUUCUUUCCAAAAAUCGACAAGAUGGAUUUCUUUGUGGAUGAGGUUGUAGAGUCCUGGGAUGGAAAUAAGAAGGGGAGGGUCUCUGCUGUGACAGAGCAUGGCAUAACGAUCUCGACGACAGACUCCAUUGACCCUGUCCAGGAGUGGCUGGGGUGGAACGUCUAUAAGUGCUGGAACGCAGGAGACUAUGUCCACUCCGUCAGUCUCGAUCUUGACGGUCUCGUAAUAGGGCUAAGAAGUAACCAUGUAUAUGCCUGGGUAGUAGAUGAGGAAACUUUGUUAGGGUCAUUCAUUGUUCAUUGUAAUUUUGUACGAGCAAUCCCUACCGUAGAAAAGAUUGAGGCUCUAUGUGCAAGGCGGGCAGAAGACGCUACCGUCGAAGCACUCAAAUUCUCCAGAUUGGGUAAAGACGCUAUCAAGCAGGCGAUCGCUGAGUACCAAGUCGCCCGAGUCUCUGCGAACCGCUCCUUAGCGUUGUCAAGGUCAUUUACCUGUCCGUGGAAGUGGUGGACUAUCCGCGUGUGGAGAGGGAAGUUCAAAGGCGAAUACCAGCUUAUGGAUGUCACGUUCUCCAACAAGACCGCGAGUGGCCUGCGUAUACAUGCCAGGAGCAAUAUCGUGAACACGUUGGGUGCACCCUUCAUCAUUGAUUACGAUGACGUUGUAGAUGCAAGACUAUUUCUACCCCUCCAUCUCAUAGAUCCACCACCGAAAGCCUUCCUCCCUCCCCCCUACUUUCUUCACCCAGCAAUCCCUUGUCUUGAACAGUUCAGGUCGAGACUUGUCCUCCAGGAAGAGCCGGAACCUCCUCGAAGGGAAAUGGACUCUCCUCCUCCUCUUCGUGACCCCAAAGCUUCCACCUCAACCGAUAGCGGUAUCGAUGUCUGGAACCCCGAACACGAUGAUAAAUUACCGACUGCCGAUAUGGAUAGCGGGAACCCUCAAGCUGACGAGCGAGUACGUCCUUUGAGGACGGGACCGGGAUUUGAGUGGUGGAGAUCCCACCAUCGCAGCCAACAUGUCCUGUACAACCUGCUGCCAGAUGUCACUGAGUGCCUCUCUUUCCAGGUAACAUUGACAGGCACGAUUCCCGACCUGAAUGGGAAAUUCUAUGACAGGUCCAAGCCAUUCGACGUCUUCCUCUGGAGGCAUGGGAACUCAGAACGUCGAUGGUUAACCAUAAAGUGGCAACAGUUGAGAGGGAGAAUACCGCCGGAUAUGAUAAUAGGGCUUAUCCGUCCUACCAAGAAAACAAAACUUCCAAUGCUUGCUGUACGCGGAGAGCAUGAGGGAUCGUUGUUGACGAAGGUGACGGCAAUCGGAGAGGAAAUCUGGGUGUUACCAGUUGACCCUCAACUUGGCAAAGUGCACGAAACCUGGCAGCCGAUCAAGAUUUUGCCCGUGGACUGUUGCGUAGUACGCUUGUUAAACAGUGCAGCGCACGAGGCGUGGUCAAAGUUCAACCCGAAAUCACGGCGAGAGGGACAAUAA